CGUCCCCCUCUUCACCCCUCCCUCGCGCAGACGCAGUGCCGCGCCCACGGCUGCCGGACAAAGAGUGACGUCCAGAGCCAGAAACAUGGAGGCGACUGACCCGGGCUUGGUGGCAACUGGGAGCCCAGCGCCGCCGUCGGGGGAAGAGGAAAGGGCCGGCCCGAACUCAGGCCCUGAGCGUGACUCUGCGGGCUUCUCGUCGACUCCUGAGGCUCCGCUACCUGCUUCUGAACCCUCCAGCCCCAACGCCGCGGUCCCCGAAGCAAAUCCUACGCCUCCUGCGGCGGCCUCCGCUGUCCUGGAGCUGCCCCUCGUGCCCGCACCGCUGGGCUCCGCGCCACUUGCCGAAGCCGCUCCACGUUCCCCCCCAGGUCCUGGCGGCUCCCGGCCCGGCCCAGAGACGUUCCGCCAGCGAUUCCGGCAGUUCCGCUACCAGGACGCGGCAGGCCCAAGGGAGGCAUUCCGGCAGCUGCGGGAGCUCUCCCGCCAGUGGCUGAGGCCCGACAUCCGCACGAAGGAGCAGAUCGUGGAGAUGUUGGUGCAGGAGCAGCUGCUCGCCAUCCUACCCGAGGCGGCGCGAGCCCGGCGGCUUCGCCGCCGCACCGACGUGCGCAUCACCGGCUGAGCUGUGGGCGGCCCAGCCUGGGCCUCUCUGGACUGGAGCCAUGAUCGAGUCUCUCUUCACAACGCAUUAAUGAAAAACGAGUUUUGGCAGCUCGUGUGUCCUGUUCGUUCGUCCUUUACCGUGUUUAUUUUCCCGAGCCUGUUUCAACCUCCUUUCUGGCUGGUGGCGAAACUAAGUUGAGAGCCCAUGAGAAUAAAGCCUUUGUUUCUUACUCA